AAGUAUUUGAUCUCUAUAGGUUUAGAUAAGAUAACAUAAUAAAAAGAUGAUAAAACACUAUAAAAUAAACAAUUUUAUAUGAUUUUUAUUUAAUUAUUAAGUAUUAUAUUUUGAAUUAAGCUAAAUGUUUUUUCAAGGACAGACGGGAUCCAAAUUUAAUGAAUUAAAAGGAUUUAAUGGAACACAAACAAUGAUAACGCCAACAGUAACAACGCCAGCACCUACAUCUGUGCCAAUAGCAGGAAUAACUCCAACAAAUAAUUUGUUUGGUACAUCAUCUUUAGGACCGAUGGUUUCUGGAAUGGUAUCUAGUACAUCAUCAGGUGCGACGUCAACAUUAGGUACAACAUUAGGUAGUAUAACACAAAACACAUCAAUGGGAAUACCAACAAGUACAUCAACUAGUACGAUUGCAACAGGAACUUCUGAUACAUUGAAAGCGCCUCUUCAAUCUUCUAUAUCUACAUCUUUUGGCGGAUUUUCUCAACAAAGUACUUUAAGUAAUCUUCCAAUUUAUUCAUGGGGUGCACCUUUUCAAAAAAUAGUUUCUCGUUUUCAACCACUUCAAAUUCAAACACCAGUUGAUACUUUAGCAGAAGAUCGUUCUAAAUCUGGAGUAAGUCAAUCCGAAAUAUUAGGUAGUAGUUCUAUUCUUGGUCUUGAUCAAUUUCCAUCAGUUGUUGAUCAACUUCAAAAACUUAAAAAUGCAUGGGAUCCAGCACAUCCUGAUUGUGCAUUUCAAUAUUAUUUCUAUAAUAGAGUUCCAAUAGAUCAAGUAGCUUUAUAUGUUAAGCCUUCACAUCAUAAUCAACAAAAAUGGAAUGAAGCAAUUGCUAAUCGUCCAGAAAAUAGUGUAGUUCCUGCGUUAGCAAUAGGGUUUUCUGAUAUUCAAAAAAGAGUUCAACUUCAAGAACAACAGGUUACAACGUAUCGUGUUCGUAUGCAUGAGAUUAUUAAUAAACUCAAAGAAUUAUCACAAAAACAUGAUCUUAGUACAACUGUAAAGAUUUCAGAGGCGACAUUAAGGCAUUUAGAAUUAUCACGUCGUUCAUUAGCAUUAGCAGCAAAGGUACAAAUAUUGAAAGGAAGGGGUUAUGCACUUCAACCUGAAGAAGAAAAUUUGAAACAACGACUAAUAGAAUUGUCGAAGAGUUUAAAUGAUCCUGGAGUAUUUGGAAAAAUAAAUGAACUUUGGGCACGUAUGACAUUUGUACGUGAGAAAGCAAAGUCUAUUGAAAGAGCAAGACAAGGCAAAAUCAUUAUGAAUAUUAAUUGGAGGAGAGAUGAAGAGCAAUUAGAUAAGAUUACCAAGGUUUUGAGCGAUCAACAUGCUGGAAUUUUAUAUGUUAUAAAUAUUUUAAAAAAUGAUUUAAAUGAGGUCGAUAAAGCAUUAGAAAAAAUACAAGAACAUAAGAAAUCACUUGAACAGCCCAAGCCACGAGGAUCCAGAUAAUUCUUUUCUUUUAAUAUUGGAUUUAAAUUUUAUUUUUUUUUUUAAA